AUGGCCACUUCCACGCCUCUCGACCCGUUCCUCCGUGGAAGCACUAGCAAAAACACCCGGGGUCUCCUUCGAGUUAUUAUCCUAUUGACCAUUGCCGCUGCCGCAGUGUCAGCCCGUUUGUUCAGUGUAAUUCGUUUUGAAAGCAUUAUCCACGAGUUCGAUCCUUGGUUCAAUUUUCGCGCCACGAAGUAUCUUGUCAAAAAUGGCUUCUACAGCUUCUGGGACUGGUUCGACGACCGAACUUGGCAUCCCCUCGGUCGAGUGACUGGUGGAACGCUCUAUCCAGGCCUCAUGGUCACAUCUGGCGUUAUAUACCACAUCCUCCGGCUUCUGUCCCUUCCCGUCGACAUACGUAACAUCUGCGUCCUUCUCGCUCCGGGCUUCUCUGGCCUCACGGCGCUUGCAAUGCAUCUCUUGACAUCCGAAAUGUCUUCCUCGCCGUCUGCAGGUCUUUUGGCUGCCGCUUUCAUGGGUAUUAGCCCGGGCUACAUUUCAAGAUCUGUUGCAGGGAGUUAUGACAACGAGGCCAUCGCCAUUUUCCUGCUCGUCUUCACAUUUUUCCUGUGGAUCAAGGCCGUUAAAAAUGGAUCGAUCAUGUGGGGAGCUUUGGCCGCUUUGUUCUACGGAUAUAUGGUGUCCGCAUGGGGAGGAUAUGUCUUCAUCACCAACCUGAUCCCUCUCCAUGCUUUCGUCCUCAUCCUGAUGGGUCGAUACAGCUCCAGACUUUACAUCAGUUACACCACCUGGUAUGCCCUUGGAACAUUGGCAAGUAUGCAGGUUCCGUUUGUGGGAUUUCUCCCGGUCAGGAGCAGUGACCAUAUGGCUGCCCUAGGUAUCUUUGGUUUGUUGCAAUUGGUUGGAUUCUUCAGUUUUUUGAAGGAGCAACUCCCAGGCAAGCAGUUUCAGACACUGCUGGUUGCCCUAGGCGGAACAAUCUUUGCCGUCAUGUUCUUGGCCCUUAUCACACUCACAGUCUCAGGGGUUAUUGCACCUUGGAGCGGCCGAUUCUAUUCGCUCUGGGACACGGGGUAUGCUAAGAUACAUAUCCCCAUCAUUGCGUCUGUCUCGGAGCACCAGCCUACGGCCUGGCCUGCAUUCUUCUUCGACCUCAACAUGCUCAUCUGGCUAUUCCCGGCGGGCGUCUACAUGUGCUUCCGCAAUCUCAAAGAUGAGCAUGUCUUUGUUGUCAUCUACGCGGUUCUUGCCAGCUACUUCGCAGGUGUCAUGGUUCGUCUCAUGCUUACACUGACCCCGGUGGUGUGCUGCGCAGCCGCACUCGCCCUUUCGCACAUAUUCGAUACCUACUUGUACAUCCCGGCACCCUCCGAAGAUCCAAACGACGGAAGCAACGGUUCUGUCAAGGCCAGCAAAAUUGCCACAAAUCCAUCACUACGUUCAACUAGAAAUCCCCUGAUUGGGAUCUACUCUAUCUUGUCAAAAUCAAUUAUCUCAUCAAUGGCAACCGGUUUUCUUCUUCUGUUUGUCGCUCACUGCACGUGGGUCACCUCGAAUGCGUAUUCGUCCCCUUCAGUCGUUUUGGCAUCAAGGCUACCAGACGGAUCUCAACACAUCAUUGACGAUUACCGGGAAGCAUACUACUGGUUAAGGCAGAACACCCCGCAAGACGCCAAGAUCAUGUCAUGGUGGGAUUAUGGGUAUCAAAUUGGAGGCAUGGCUGAUCGACCCACAUUAGUGGACAACAAUACUUGGAACAACACGCAUAUUGCGACUGUUGGAAAGGCCAUGAGCUCCAGGGAAGAGGUCAGCUACCCCAUUCUCCGCCAGCACGACGUUGAUUAUGUACUGGUUGUCUUUGGGGGUUUGUUGGGAUAUAGUGGCGACGAUAUCAACAAAUUUCUGUGGAUGGUGAGGAUCGCCGAGGGUAUCUGGCCAGAGGAGGUAAGAGAACGGGACUACUUUACCGCUCGUGGUGAAUACAGGGUCGACGAGGAAGCUACGCCGACGAUGAAGAAUUCUCUGAUGUACAAAAUGUCGUAUUACAACUACAACAACCUUUUCCCAGCAGGCCAGGCGCAAGACCGCGUCCGAGGCUCUUCUCUUCCCGCCCAGGGUCCGGAAUUGAGUACGCUUGAGGAGGCCUUUACCAGCGAAAAUUGGAUCAUCCGCAUCUAUAAGGUCAAGCCUCUGGAUAAUGUGGGACGGGAUCAUCAAAGUGCGAUGGCAUUUGAAAAGGGUCACAAGAAGAAGCGGAAGGCCGGCGUCAGAAAAGGAGCGCGGGUCCUACGGGUGGACUAA